AUGACAACCGUUAUCGGCCGUCAUUUCGGUUGUCGGCUACCAUCCUGCACCAUAUCGAGGCAGUUCUGUUCGAACCAGGCUAGCAAGGCAGGAGGAGGAGGAGGCCACUUAGACCGACUGCUUGAUAAGGGAGCGCCGAAGUAUCUCUUUGUUGGUGGUAAAGGAGGUGUUGGUAAGACUACUUGGGCGGCCGCAUUGGCAGUUCGCUUUGGUCGAAGUGGCUUGCGCACUCUGUGUGUGUCGACAGAUCCGGCCCAUAGCUUGGCUGAUGCCCUACAGGUGAAACUGAAGGGCGAGCCUACGAUGGUCGAGGAGUCACUGUAUGGCCUGGAGGUGGACGCGAAAGCAGCUAUGAGAGAGUUCGCCGAGGCAGUUUCCAUCGACAAUGUUCAGAAGGCAACGGGAAUCGACAUCAGAUCCCUCGCAUCGAAAGUUGGAGUUGAUUUUACUCCGAUCGAGACUCAGCUAGGCGGCAUGUCUGAAGUCUCUACUGCUCCCCCUGGGAUGGACGAAUUGGUGGCUAUGGCUCGGCUCAUGCAGUUGUUGCACAGCUCGAAUUACGCGGAAUUUGACCGCAUAGUCAUAGACACUGCACCGACUGGUCAUACUCUGAGGCUACUCGCACUACCAACUUUCAUUCACACUGCACUCACCACGACUAUGCAGAUUUACGACAAAGUAUCAACAGCUGUGACGGCGUUUACCCCCUUGCGAACAGUGUAUAAUACUGUCCUAGGUAAGGGUGCCGAGCUCGCCCCUGAGGCUAUACAGGAACGACUUAAGGAGGCUCGUGAACGAGUGGAGAAGUUCCAGGAGGGUAUCAGCAAUCUUAAUGGAGUUCUCCAGAAUUCGGCGGAAUCGGGAUUUAUGGUUGUGUCCAUUCCAACACAGUUGGCUGUAGACGAGUCUUUGAGACUUAUCGAGGUCAGUCUGGACCAAUACCGCGGUGCAUCGAGUAAGCUGAAUGAGUUGAGUAAGAAGGGUGAGCUUCAAGAGCUGUCAAAAGAGGAGAUCAAACUGGCACGUGAUGCGUUGGAUUCCCAGAGGACUUUGGUGUACGAGAGUGCCAAGCAGGCGGCUAGACUUGUUGAAGGGCUUGAUGAAGGGGUUGGGGUUACGAGGCUACCAACUAUUCGCCACAAUGUCCUCGGUAGAUCGGCUGUUGUGAAUUUCAGUUGUGAUCGCAGUUGA